CGGCGAUGGUGCACUGGGACCCCCGGAGCCAGAGUCUAUUGCCCUGCAGAGGUUUGGAAAUCUAUCUUCUCAUGCUGUCCACAGAUUAAUGGUGCUGAUAAGAUCGAAACUUUAUAGGAUCUGCUAAGAUGGGCAUGAGGAUCAAACUGCACAGCACGAAUCACCCCAACAAUCUACUGAAGGAGCUCAAUAAGUGCAGGCUCUCAGAGACCAUGUGUGAUGUUACCAUUGUGGUAGGAAGCCGCUCAUUCCCAGCUCACAAGGCUGUGCUUGCCUGUGCAGCAGGUUACUUCCAGAACCUUUUCCUGAAUGCAGGGCUAGAUGCUGCCAGGACCUAUGUAGUAGACUUUAUCACCCCCGCCAACUUUGAGAAGAUCUUGAGCUUUGUGUACACAUCUGAACUCUUCACUGACUUGAUCAAUGUGGGUGUCAUCUAUGAGGUAGCUGAGCGCUUGGGCAUGGAAGAUCUCCUCAAGGCUUGCCACUCUACUUUCCCUGACUUGGAGAGCACAGUUGUGACGAAGCCCCCAACUAGUUCCAGUGAGGGCCGCUCUAGCACCCAAAGCAGCACAUCUGCGGAACCAGCUCAUUCCCUUGGAGAACUCCGAAGUGUUGGAGACCAGUUUGGUCCAGAUAGGAGCUAUAUCUUGCAUAGUGAUGUUGGGAUAAGCUACAAGGAGGAGAGAAACCCUUCCAGUGACAGCAACCACAGCCUGCCUCUGUUGCACCAGCCACCACCGUGCAAGACAGAUGAACAUGAUGCCCCCAUCCCGUUCCCUUCAGUUACUAGCAUGGUAGCUCAGCCAGGCCUUGGUACUCUCGGUAUAGGCACACCAGCUAAUUCAGGCUCCUUCCAGCCUUUCAAGGUUCAGAGCAAUGGGGACUUUGGCAAAAACAGCUACUUUCCUCCUGAUAACCCAUUGGAUAUCUCCACAGGGAGUAACUCCUGCCCAAGCAACAGCGACCACUCCAAAGAUCAGGGGUUUGGGCAGAUGGAUGAGCUGCAGUUGGAGGAGCUGGGAGAAGAUGACCUGCAAUUUGAAGACCCUGGAGAAGACCUCGUUCCCACAGAUGAAGUGAUAGAGUUGAGUGAUGACAGUGAGGAAGAACUAACAUUUGGGGAAAAUGACAACCGAGAGAGUAAGGCCAUGCCCUGCCAGGUUUGUAAAAAAGUGCUAGAGCCCAACAUUCAGCUGAUCCGGCAGCAUGCUCGGGACCACGUGGACCUGCUGACAGGCAAUUGCAAAGUCUGUGAGACCCACUUUCAGGACCGAAACUCAAGGGUUACCCAUGUUCUGUCUCACAUUGGUAUUUUUCUUUUCUCCUGUGAUAUGUGUGAAACCAAAUUCUUCACCCAGUGGCAGCUGACCCUUCACCGCAGGGAUGGAGUAUUUGACAACAACAUUAUUGUUCAUCCCAGUGAUCCACUACCUGGGAAGCUUGGUCUCUUUGUGGGGGGAACUAGCCCAGAGCUAAAAUGUGCUGCUUGUGGAAAGAUUCUGGUCAGAGAUUUUCACAUGGUCCGGGGUCACAUACUGGACCACUUAAACUUGAAGGGCCAAGCCUGUAGUGUUUGUGACCAGCGCCACCUUAGCCUCUGCAGCCUAAUGUGGCACACUCUUUCCCACUUGGGCAUUUCUGUCUUCUCGUGCUCUGUCUGUGCCAAUAGCUUUGUAGACCGCCACCUCUUAGAGAAGCACAUGGCUGUUCACCAGAGCCUGGAAGAUACGCUCUUCCACUGCCACUACUGCAGCCAGAGCUUCAAGUCAGAGGCCGCAUACCGAUACCACGUCAGCCAACAUAAAUGCAGUGGAGGGAGCAGCCUUGACUCAAGAUCUAGUUUUGGAGAUCGAUUACAGCAUCCAGCUUUUCAGAAGCGGAAGUUGCCCUCAGAUGAGUUCCUGAGUGAGGAGCUGGCUCUGCAGAGUCAAUCUGGGAAUAGCAAGUAUAGUUGCAAAGUUUGUGGCAAGAGGUUUGCCCACACGAGUGAGUUCAACUACCAUCGGCGGAUACACACAGGAGAAAAGCCCUACCAGUGCAAGGUGUGCCAUAAGUUCUUCCGUGGCCGUUCGACCAUUAAGUGCCACCUGAAGACACACUCGGGUGCCCUCAUGUACCGCUGUACAGUCUGUGGCCACUACAGCUCCACCCUCAAUCUCAUGAGCAAGCACAUAACUGUGCAUAAGGGCAGCCUUCCACCCGAUUUCACCAUUGAACAGACAUUUAUGUACAUUAUCCAUUCCAAAGAGGCGGAGAAGAACCUGGACAGCUGAUUGGGCUACAUUGGACCUGAGGGUCUGGUCCCAAAAAAGUAGCCAGGAUGAUGCUUUUCCAAUGGCCUGUUGGCCCUUGACUGAAGUUAAAAUUUGCCUUGCUAGGAAUUCCAAUUCACGUGUUAAAGGAAGAAAGGAAAGAAAUAGCACACAAACUGAGAAAUCAUUUUUGAGAAGCAAUGACCCUACCAUGUUUACCUCCACACCUGCUCGUGGCCAGCAGUGGCCAUGUUUUUGGUUCUUUGGGGAGCUGGGAUUGUGAUCUAGUAACAGAGACAGGAAUUGAUUUCAACUAGGUCCUUAUUCCCCAGACUCUCUAGUUUUAGUUCACUGUUAGAUUUUUUGCUGCUAAGAAUCCAACCCACAGCCUCAAUGAAAAGGGGAGGUGAGAAGAAGUCUUCAAACUGCUAUUUAGUUUCACUGUAGGCAUUACCACAGCUCUGUGGCUUCCAGCAGGAUUAACCAGUUCCAAAGAUGAUCACAGUAAUAUGAUCAUUCAGAGUCCAAUUAGUCAGGGCAGCCCACUUCACGUUCUGAGUUCUAGUUUUUAAGGUGUUGGUGCUAGCCUGCCACACAGAUUUACCCAAAGUUCCCCUAUAAGUGUUAAAAAGUAAUUGGAUAAGGUAAAGAUCCUUUGAAUUGAAGUGAGGGCUUUGUAUUUAGAAAAAGGAGGAAGGCAGAAAAUUUAGAGAUGGUGAAGCCUAGCCCAGAAGUAGUUAUCCUGCAGAGCCAUUUGAAAUUGGGUGUAGGUGUAGGCAGUAAGGUGGAUUUCUUCCCUACUCAUUUCCAAAGAAAAAUGUUUUGAGGGCACGCCAGCCAAGACUUUUAGGACUUCCCCAAGGGGACAGGGAUAGUGAACCACCCUAUUUUAGACAUAUCUUACCCUGGGGGUCCCCUCUAUCCAACCACAGGUAUGAGAGGAUGAACCUUGGGCACCCUGGGAGAGAGGUUGCAACAUUUCUGUCAGCAGUAACCUUGCCUUAAUUUUCACCCAGUCUCCUGCCCAUAACUGUAUGUCUUGGCCCAUAAUUAAGAUGGGAAAGAAACCCUGUUUUGAUGAAGUGGUUGGUCCUAUAAGUCCUUCAGAGUUGAUGGAACCAGUUAAUAAUAGUGAUGGGGUGUAAGUUUUUACUGUCUGUUUUAAUCAGGUGACACAUUUUUUGUUUUGUUUCUUUUUACAUGCACUAACAGGCAGAAGGCAAGCUGUGCUUUAGCAGCCUACCUUUUACUUGCUGGAAUUCAUCCUGAUCUGUCCUUGUGUCACCCCUAGGGGGUACUAUUGGAUGGACCUAAGCAGUCCACACACAGGAACAGGCUGAUCCUCUUUUUAUUUUGUUUAUGAAAGGAUCAUGCCCAAAGAAAGAGGAGGGAGGAAGAAAGGGAGGGAUCCCUCAGAACUUGAUCUUGCAUGUUCACAAGGUAGCACCCUCAUCCAGAGUUGCCCUCAGUAACUCAUACUACCUCACCCAGAGCAAAUGCACUGGGAGUUCACAGCCACAGCCCCACACACUGCCAUCUGUGUGAACUUGGCAACGCCCAGUGCCAUUUCACAAGCAAGUGAUUUUCAUUAACCCUCAAAGCCUUUUUAAAGUUUAAUAUUUAUUAUUUUUGUAUACAGAUCAUCCGGCAUCUGCUUUAUAUGACAGAUUUCAGGAAAAUGAGGUUCCCAGCAGUGAGUGACCACAUCCCAGGAAAAUAGUUCUGAUCCAGGGAUGUUGGUGACAGGCACAAUCCAGGAGAGUACAAGCCAAAUAGGUCCUAACCUAACUUAAAUUGUACUGAGAGGUGCCCUCCUCCCACAAAUAGGGGAAAUCAUUUCCCAUUCCCCAAAUAGAUUCCUCACUAGGGUUAUGAUCCUAGAGAGCACUUUCAAUAAUGGCCUAAUCUUCUAGGAGACUGGGAACAAAGAACACCUUAAUAAUGGAAACUUGUGAACUCCCUAAUUCUUUCAUCUCUCUUCCCAAGUCCCCAGACAGCUACUUGAGAGGAUUUUAAGGAAGUCAAGGGACCAGAGUUAUUAGGCCAGUGAUUUCUUGGUGGAAAGCUUUGAACCUCUUCCUAAAUUAGGAAAUUGUCAUUUCUCUUUUAAUAAAUAGCAAGAUGGGCAAGCCAAAGUUCCUUAUUGACUUGCUGAUUCUUUGCUUCAAGGUGCUAUUUGUUUAUAUGUGGAGCCCCUUUUCUAUCACCAAAACAGCAAAAGCUGUAUCCUACUCAGAAAUAGUACAGUUGUGCUAUGAAGAUACUAUGGUAUCUUCAGGCAGAUGUGGUGCUGAGGGGACAUGAAUAGGAGCCAUUGUAGGUCCACUAUCUGCCAUCUACCAUCAUCCUGCUAGAGUCUUACUUGACAGACUGUGAAAAUUGUACUGAUCCUAAGACAAUGGUGCCCCUUUGUUAUUGACUGACCAUUCCUUUCCCUCUUUUCCAUCAUUAUAAAUAUAAAAGAUUAACGUGAUAUAAAAGGAUGAUAAGGCAUCCACCAAACUUGCCUAUAUUGAGUUUCUUUCCCUGGAGUGUCCUACCUCUUUCCCCAGCCCCACUCCUAACUCCCAGCCUAAAUUGGAAAGUAGGUGAUUAAUAGAUGGCAGGAUUUAGAAGAAGCAAUACUAAGUAGGGCCUAGUCAAAGGGACAUGUUAGAGAAAUCCAUUUUUUUUUUUUUUUGUCUAAGCUCUUUGGGUGCUGAGUGUUCUGUGAAUUUAAUAAGCUGUGAAGUUGUUUGUUUGUUUUUUUAGUAAACCAAAUAAAAACACACCCCAGAAGCUUUUCUCCUAAAACACUAAGCAAAAGACUGUAGUCCCUUUUUCCUGGCCUCAAGCUAGGAGGAAAACCAUCCCCACAGCAUUCCUCCCCUAUUGAAAAGGUGGUAUGUGUGUGCUCAGCCCCAGUCAGACAUGUAGCAGCACCAGUAGCUAGUGAGGCUUCUUAACCAAAUCCCUGUGCUCUAUACUUACCCAUGUUCAUUCUUGGACCUCUUCUUUUUAUGUUGGGGCUUUGUAUUUCCUCUGCCUUUCAACUCGCCUUGUUCUAAACUGGUUCUCUCAUAACACUAUAGUCUUGUAGCAAGUGAUACUGUAGUAGACAUUUUUUUUUUAAAUUUGGUGUCUGUUUUACAGCUUUCUAAUUAAUUUGCCUUUUUUAUUCCUCCCUCUCCUCCCUUUCUUGUAACACAGUAUUCUACCCUCAUGUGCUGUCUAGUCUCUCCUUGACACUAAGUCUUCUCUGUUGUUCUUAUCCCUGUCCUGCCAACCCAGAGUCUGUAUUCAGAAUUUAAGAAGUCUCCUCAGUCCCCAGAGCUGGUUGGGAAUAGAGGCCCGGCUGAAUCAGGCCCUUUUCUGGGAGAAAGAGGCCUCUGGAGAGUUUGGAAGAGGAUCAGCAUUCUUCUUGACUUUCCUGAAAUGUGAACCUAUGCUCCUGUUCUUGAGAUAAAGCUUAUAAUACCAGGUACCUUCCCAUCAACAGUUUUUUUUUGUUUUGUUUUGUUUUUUUUGCUACUGAUAAAUCUCCCCCUGCUAUUUUGCCUGGCCUCUGGUUUCCUAUUCCAUGGGUGCUCAGCUUUAGAAGUUAAACAUGUUAUUUAAAGUUAUUUAUGUAGAUGGACACACUGAAUUUUCUAGAUGGGGGCAAGGGAUCCCAAAUGACAUGGAAACCCCCACAACAGUUCUUCUGGCUCUGUCCCUAAAUCCUGUAUGGAAAGGAGCACAGAUAGGAAAUAGCAACUCAGUGUUAGUUUCCAUGUAAUUAUCCAUUUUAAAGUCAACAUCAGGAUGAAAAUGAAAUUGAGUUUUGAUUUUGAUGUUUCCUUAAAAUCUUUCCCUUUCCCAAUCCAUCCUUCCUUUCUCCUAUAUCUGAAGGCUCUUAUAAAACAGAGAAGAGUUGUCAUUGACAUCUAACCCCUUUCAUUAAAUUAAUUGUAGGUACUGACCUUCUAAUAUUUAAGUGUUUACUAUCUAUUGCUGUAAAGUUUUGUAUAUUUUGUAAACUUUUUUUCCCAAAUAGUAGAUGUCUAAAAUCGUUGUACAUCUGAUUCUUUUAUACUCCAUUGUUCAGCACAAAGUGUGGUUUUUAUUUAGAAUAAAAAAAAGAGAAAAUUUGGGAUGUACUUGUGUCUUUCCCUUAAUGUUUGAGAAUAUUCCCAUACUUCUGAACUUGGAUUUUGUGGGCUGGAUACUUCACCACUGCAGUCAUACUUCCCUAGAUGAAAAGCUAAAGUGUUUUCAAGUCACAUGUUUCCUUUUCUGGGAUUUCCUAUUCGGUACUGGGAUGAACUUGCUAUGUUAACCAAAUGAGAAAUGAAACAAACCAGUUUUGCCUUCAAGGGAUCCUUAAUUAUAUCUUUUACCGGACCAGAGUUAGAAUUUGUAUCUAGAAAGUUAGCUGCAUUACACAAGAUCAAGUAAUGACUGGGGAGAAAAUUAGUACUGUUUAAUUCUCUAUGGUCUUGAGUUAUAUGCAGAAAUAGAAAUUAAACACACAGGAAAUAGAGAUUAAACAGGAGCAGUAAGUGUAAAAUUCCAUGAAGUUAGUAAAAAUGAAUUUCUAUUAACAAGGAAACUUGUACCUUCCCUUUUGGUGUUAAAGUAUAUCUUGGACAACUUGGGAUCAAAACUAGAGAAAUUUAAGCAAAAUGAGCCUUUCUUGUAUCUGCUAUCCCAUAAAAUGGAAAGAUUACCCUAAUUAAUCAUGUUAUCUGAAUGACAGCCAGUUGCUAUUGGUGCUGUUAGACUAGCAAGGUCUUGAGAAAUAGUCUGUGUUGAUAACCUUAAAAAGGAUUGAGAGGUGUUUAUUGGGUCAGCCAGCAGGACCCCAACUUAGAGAAGUAAUGACAUUUUCUAAGAGACCAGAAGUCUUUUUCUGGAAAUAUGAUUUGAUCAAAUCCUAAGCAUUUGGCCUAUAACCCGAGAUCAUUUUGGGCAAACACAAAGUACACUUAUUAUAAAGUCCUGGCUACAGAUUAUCAACCAUCCUUCUGGGAUGAGACUUAAGUAUAUUUAAUCACAUUGGGGUACAUGUUUAAUUCAUCUGGUUCAGCUUUCUAGGAGUUAGGAUACAAAUCCAAAAUACAAGGAUGGUUAUUUUAGAUAACAGAUUCUUAACCUUUUUUGUGUCAUGGACCCCUUUGGCAAUCUCUGAAACCUCUGAACCCUUUCUCAUAAUAACAUUUUUAAAUGCAUAAAAAAAUACAUAGUUACAAAGGCAAUCAAUGAUAUUAAAAUACAUUUAUCAAAAUACUUUAGAAAACAAGUUCAUGGACUUCAGAAUACAAACUCUUGUUCUGGAAGAGAUAUUCUAUGCCUACUGAUUGCUUUAAUCAGGGGGAAUAGGUGUGUAAAUAGGGUAUGUACCAGACAUUAAGUUUCCCAUUUGCUUACUCUUUCCUGAGGAGAAUUAUGAAUCCAGGACUUGCCAAAGGCAACAGAGACAGUCUUAUAGUUUCGAUUAGCCUAAAAAUCGCCCAUUAAUGCUGAAACGGUUCCUCAACUAGCCUUUUCCCCAGGCUAACUGCAUAUAUAAGUUAUUGAUACAUCUACAUAGAAAAGUAAAAUGUACAUUUGAUUCAAAAGAAAUACAAAAAGGAGAACAGAAUUGAAAUGGAUGUUAUAACUGGCCAGUAGGUCCCAAUACUGAACUUUUCAAAGCCAUGUCAGGGGAAGGCUAUUUCCAGUAGUAUUGGGAGUAGAAGUGCAAUCUUGAUCCAGCUUCUUAUCUCUCCUACCUCUGCCUUACUUACACUUACACUAAAGAUAUAUACUCUUGAGUUCAAAACACCGGGGCCUUAGGGAUAUCCUGCUUGUGGCCUCCCAGCCCCUUGGCCUCUAGCAUCCUGUCCUCAGAUCAGGACAAUUCAGGGAGUUCAAUAUAUAUGGGGGGAAAAAAAUCUGAGGCUACUGCCAAGUUUGUCCUGGUCAGGGUGAUUUAUGAUGUUUCUAGCUUGCUUUGCUGAAUCUCCAUCUCCCUGUCCUUCCCUCCUUCCCCUUCUGAAGUGUCAGUUAUUCCAAGCUAAGGUGUCCAGAUGAUGGCCACUUUUGUUCUCUUCUCUCUGACCUUUAAAUAGAUACUUCUGAAGAAUCUUUCCUGAUUUCAAAUUCACAGACAAA